UAAAAGUAUUGUCAAGAGAUAACUGAUCUGAACUGAACUGAAUUGAAUUAAACUGAACAGAAAAUAAGCUGGGGAGAACAGGUCUACACCAAGUGGAACAAAGAAUCCACACUGUAAAGUGUAUAGCACAUUAUAACGCCAAAAAUUAUACCAAACAAAACAUUAUCCUCUCAAACGAACCCUAUUUUCAGUCCUUCAAAAACAACAAUGGAAGACACAACUUGGGUACAAAAAUUCGAAGCCUUAACACACAUCUUAACAAACCCCACAAGAAACCCAUCUCUCCAUUCACAAUUCUUCAUUUCCACCCAAAUCCCCUGCUAUCUAAAUUGGGAUUACCCACCUCUUCUUUGCCCUAAAUACCAACACCCAUCUUUUCACUUAAGAUGGAUUUUCUCUCUCUUCCUUAAAAGGGUUUCAAUAUUUGGUACUCCCACAACUUCUUGGAGAUCAAAAUGCCCUUACAUUCAACCACCACCACUUAUUUUGGCCAAAGGAGUUAAAGAAGCAAAAUGGGAUGAUGAAGGUAAAAGACAGUAUAUGAGGGAAAGAGUAUCAAGGAAAAGGAUUCAGAGUGAUGUUAAUCCUUUGAUUCCAGUUUUAGUUCCUAAUCUGUUUUUGUUAUCUUUUCUGUUGUGGAAUCCAUUUCCUGAGUAUGAUUCUUGAUGCAGGUGAAGUUGAGUAAGCCAACUUUUUGUGAUUUGUUUUGUUGUGGAGCAAUUUUGGGAGUUGCAACACAAUUUGCGCGCUCGAGGAUAGACUAUAGAGCUAUAGAGGACUAGACUCUCAGUGUAAUUUGUAACUUUAUUUGUGUAUAAACUAGUGCUACUUGUAGUAUUUAAUUUUGAAUUGAUUUGUGAAUUGUUAGAUCAUUCAAUUAUGCAAUGAAAUAAAUAGAUUGAGAGAUUGUUAGAAAGGUUUAAUGUUUUGAUUAUUGUAAAUUGACGCGGAAAUGGAUAAAUGUGUUGGUACGUACGGCUUGAUUCGGGCAAGCUCUACCUAUUAUGUGUGCCACCUGAUAUAUUAUAAAGAUUCUCUAAUUUUUAGGAUA